AUGACAAACAACUCGAUACACGAGUUGGCCACGUCAAAUAUCUUGGCGUGGUCCUCAAUAGGAGCGCAUCUUCAACAUGAACCCGACGAAGAAGUCGCGGCAGACGUUGACGAGCCUCCCGACGAUCGCAAGAUCUGUAGCAACCAAGCUGAGUUCAAAAGAACCUUGGUUCGAAAGCAUGCGGAACACCCGCAGUCUCUGUUGACUCAGGCCCUACACGGUCAGUCUGACGAGGAGUCAUCGCCUCUCGACUUCGUCAGCCUACCACUCAGACGCCGUUCCAUGAACAGCACUGUCAGCUUCGCAUCGACUGCAGAGCUUACCUGCGAUACUGGACUUACUAGCCCUGCGCGUACUAGCACUCCCAGCCCCCCGCCCCCGGUUGUCCGCCUUGGGCAGCUGCAACUGGACUUGUUGGAGCCGCGCCCAAAGAUAGCCAGCGGAUCUUUGACCAUGGAUCACGACACGACGCCCAAGAAGGCAGUCGAUGUUGCAGCAGAAACUCAAUCCAGUGAUCCCGUUGUCGAGCAGCUGGCAAAGAAGCGCUGCAUCUCAUUUGCUUGUGGACCGAAACCCGAGGCCAAGAAGCCAGCUCAGCCGCUCAAGCUGGACACUGCAGCUGAAACUGCUGUCGAAAAGCCACCUCAGCGCAAGACGUGCAUUAAGUUCGCUUGUCCUUCCGGUCCGGUGCGAAAUGCGCCUUCAUCCAAUAAAGAGCCGGUUCGAGCUGCAGCAUCCGAUGCUGCACACUCGGCCAAGGCCCGCCGGGAUGGAUCCCCUGCCACUCUCCUGAAACAAAGAUCUUCGUCCAUUGGCCGCUCCCCUCGAUCGCUGACACCUCGCCGUCGGUCGUCGCACAGUCCCGUUGCCGUCAAGGCAAAGGCAUUCCUGACGGCCGAUUCCGCCGAUCUGAACGGCGAAUCGUCCCGCUUUCACGAGUUUGCCAGCGACGAGGUCCGGGAAGAUGACUGGAUCCGACAGCAGCUACCUGCUCUGCAGCGACUGACCAUUAACGAUACUUUGCGAAAGGAAAAUGAGAUUCGCAAGCUUGGUCAGGAGGCCGAAGAAGAGGCUUUGCAGGAGGAGUUUGAGGAUGAAGAAGUCGAUAACGACGACGAUGAGGACCAGGAUGUGGACGAGGAUGAGGAAGAGGAUGACCUGGAGGUUGCGGGCUAUGACGACGUCGAGGAUGACCUUUCUGGGUACGGUACCGACGACGAUGGUUCCGACGGCUAUCACACCGACAACGAGAUUGGCUUUGCUGAUUCCGAUGGAGAUGAUGACGAUGCUGACGAACUGGAGCUCUGGACGCACGGUCAAGCCGCUACUCUCCCGAAUUCUGGCGCCACCCCCAUUGCACGUCGCCCAUCCAUGGCUGGCAACCGAUCAGACUCUUCUUCGUCAUCGGAAGCGCCUGCGCCAAAGCGGACCGCUUCCCGGGAGAAGACCAAGCGCAUUCGGAUCCGACCCGGAACACCUGAGCUUCCAGACAGUACCGACUUUGUCUGUGGUACUCUUGACGAGGACAGGCCGAUGGAAGACGCAUACAUCUCAUGCAUUGCGCAAAAGAGACGUGAGAAGAUGCAUCUGAUCCCGCAGGAUAUUGACCCCAGCUUCCCCACGUCAGAGCCCGAGGACGAAGAUGACAAGCCUGGCCACGAUAGCGACGAGCAUGUCUGGAUCCACGGUGAACUUGAGGAUAUCAAUGGCGAGCCUGAGCGAGCUGACCGCCGGAGAAAGAAGAGCAACCACAACUCUCCCAAGCGGUACCACUCCCCUCCGCCCAAGCGUCAUCAUUCACCCGCGCCCAAAAACCGUGGAAGGUCCCCGCCCCCUCGAAAGCUUUUCGAUCGUCAUUCUCCGAAGCGCGGCGUAUCACCCCCGCCUCCCGGGCGUGUAAUUCGCUCGCCUCCGGCCACGCCUACUCAAAAGGCUACACCCAAAGCUAUCGACUUCCAGACACUGGCAUCUCGCCCUGGACUUACGCACACCAAGUCGCUCCCGCGACCUCCUGCUCUGUUUCCCAACAGGUUCAAAGGUCAGCGCAGCAGACAGGCGGCAUACACUGGUGCCACUGGUCACGUCCGCGGUGCCAUUGAUAUUGUCAAGGGUCUCGAGCACAAGAGACAGCGCCGCAGAGAAAAGUACAUCCAGAAGCACUGCAACCGAGCGCGCAAGGGUCAAGUGGUUGAGAAGAGACCCGAGCCUGGCAAGGGCGCCCAGAGAAUGCGUGAACUUGGUCUGCACAUGGCUGGCAAACAAGCCAACACGAUUCACGUUCUCUCGAUAUAG